AUGGAGGACACCCGCCGCCGUCAACUGCAUAGCUGUGACCCCUGUCGCAAAGGCAAAAGGCGCUGUGAUGCUCCGAAAAAUCGAAAAGACAGCGGGUUCAGUAUAUGUUCCAACUGUCAGCGAUGGAAGAAGGAAUGCACGUUUGACUGGGUCUCCUCGAAGCGUGUGGACUCUCUCGGAGCUCGCCGUAAAGCAAAGACUCCCACUAUGAAUAAGCUUCAGGGUGAUGAUAUUCCCGGCGAUGAGAAUUCAUACGAGCUGCCUCACGAUUUUCAAUGGCACCCUGGUGACCCUGUUGAUCUCGAUGACCCAAUUACCUCUGGCGACAUCUCAAAUUUCACUUUUGCCUUCCCAUCGCCUGCCCAAGGGGCGGCUUUUGACGGAUCAGAAGGCUCAAGUUCAAGCCCUGAUCAAUCUGAUUUAUUCCCCUGGGGAUUGGACAUCCCAGUCAACUGGCAAACCAAUAUUACGAGUCGAGGGCCCCAAAAGGGAUUCACGGGUGUUGAACCUCAGGCGGACUUCUAUGACCCUCUGGCAAGUUCGCUUGUCGAUCAACUUGACUAUGAGAGAGAGUUCCAAGAUGAAAGCAGUCCCCUUUCUCUUUCGUCGACUGCUCCAUUGUGCAAACAGAUUGGCCUAAGAUAUUCGUCAGUUCCCGAUGUCAACCGACGAUCGAAUCAAGGAAUCCCGCCUAGCUUUUGCAUCUCUUCUGAAAAGGCGGCAAACCAAUUCGCUCGCUCGACAAUGACACGCAAUCUGAUUCGCAUAUAUCAUGAUAGCAUGGAAAAUGCGCUAUCAUGCUGGUUGACAGAGCACAACUGCCCCUAUAGCGAUUCUAUCAGCACUAUUCUCCCUACAGGAGAAAGGAAAGAAUGGGGCCCCAAUUGGUCGAACAGGAUGUGCAUUCGAGUGUGUCAGCUAGAUCGUGUAUCUUCAUCAAUCAGGGGCCGAUCUUUGAGUGCAGAAGAAGAUAGGACCGCAGCUCGUGUUCUGCAUCUUGCCAUUAUUGCAUUUGCCUCUCAGUGGACUCAGCAUGCGGCGAAGGGAACAGGGCUUUCUGUACCGGAGCCUAUCUCGCGCGAUGAGCGAUCGAUUCGAGAGUAUGUUUGGAACGAAGCAAGACAUGCCCUUGAGCAUUCGUCGAGAAUUCCUUCGUUCCGCGUCAUAUUUGCCAACAUUAUAUUUUCUUUGACGCAAAGCCCGCUGGACCAUUCACAGGAUAUAGGCUUGAGCCAGCUCCUAGAGAAUGACGGUGCACCAACAUUCCUAGAAGCUGCUAAUCGUCAGCUUUAUACAUUUCGCCACAAGUUCGUACGGCUCAGUCGAGAAACUCCACCUAAAAUAACGGAGCCCAGGAGGGGGUCAAUCGGGUCAACUUUGGCCGAUGAUCCAGAAUCUUUAAAUGCUUCAGGGCCAACACAGCUUGAUCCUAUACUAGCUAGCCAAGAGCAUAAGAGUACCCUUGGUCUUCUAUUCUGGCUUGGCAUUAUGUUCGACACGCUGAGUGCAGCGAUGUACCAGCGUCCUCUUGUCGUAUCGGAUGAGGAUAGUCAAAUUUCUUCAGGCUCGCCUGCGGUGCCUGAAGUCGAGAACGAGCUUGAGCUGAGCAGUAUUUCGCAAAAUAGAACUCGCAUAAAAAAGGAUGUGUGGGAUGACUUUUUCCUUCACCCUUCUGCCGAGCGUGAUGAUCUUGGUCAAAUUCAUGUAAGAUGGCCAUGCUCCUACGAAGAGGCUGCAUCAGUUCUUUCAGAAGCAACUCCAGUCAAAGUUCUACUUUAUCGUCGAGUCACACAACUUCAGACUCUUGUUUAUAGAGGGGCCAGCUGUGAGAAACUGGAGGAAAUUAUUCGAAAGACUCUUCUAGUUUACCAGCAUUGGAAUCACUCAUAUCAAAGGUUCAUGCUCGACUGUGUCGAGAAUCAUGAGCUUCUACCAUCUCGCAUACAGUCAUGGUAUGUCAUCCUCGACGGCCACUGGCAUCUUUCGAUUAUGCUAUUGGCGGAUACGAUCGAGGGCAUUGAUAAGGGAAGACUUGGCUCGGAGAGUGAGCGCGAAGCCCGCAAGGCUACGAAUUUUGUAUCCACAUUAAGAACAGAACAUGCAUUUGCCGUUGGCGGACUUGCCCGUGCCUCGCUUCAAGGUCAGAAUCCAUCUAUGUUCGCCAAUUUUCACGAUUCGUUAAAUGAGGUGGCGUUCCUGGUUGAGCCUUGGACCGUGGUUUUGAUUCACUCAUUUGCCAAAGCGGCCCAUAUCUCCAUCGAGAGUCUAAAUUUGCCGGGUGAGCAUAGUGUGCUGGCGGAUUCGUUCAGACAAAAUUGUGAGUUUUGUAUCUGUGCUCUUCAAUAUCUUGGAAGGAAGUCCGACAUGGCUUUUAUGGUCGCCAGAAAUUUGUCAAGGUCUUUAAGCUUUAAACUGGCGCAGAUGGCUUGA